AUGGCGGAUCGGCCCAAAAUGGCAUCUUUGGCCGCUUUGGCCAGCACCGGCGCCAGCAGCUCCAACAGCGCGCUGGUCGAGUGGGCCCGCACCCAAUGGCGCAAAGGACGUGGGUUGAUGCAGGUGGCGCCUGGGAUCUACUUGAGCAACAAGCAGGCAGCUGCUGAUGCUGAACUCCUUGCCCGCAACGGCAUCACAGCCGUUUGUGCCAUCGGCGCGAGGCCCCAUGGCCACCCUGGUCUCGUCUACCACCACGUCAGAGUUGAGGAUGAUGGAGACAGCUCCAUGCUGCCCUUCUUGGAGGCCAGCUGCGACUUCAUCCAUACGCAAGCCAGCCGGGGGGCUGUGCUGGUCCACUGCAAGGGUGGCAUCAAUCGCUCUGCUUCUCUCCUGGUGGCGUAUCUCAUGAAAUACGAGAGCCUGACGCCUGCUGAAGCGUUCGAGGUGUGCAGCCUGGCGCAGCCGGCUGCGCGCUGCCCGGAGAACUUCCAGCGUGAUCUCAAGGCCUGGGCUCAGUUGGCCAAGCAGCAGGAGGCGGUCGUGGAGGACAACGAUGCCGAAGGCGGCGGUGGUAGUGACAGUGAACAGAUGCAAAGCCUUGGGUCUCAGGAUUUGCGCGUCUAG